UGGUUCUUCUCCAUGCGGUCAAUCACAACACACGGGAAAUGCAUGUCGGUACAGGUUAAGCCAUGCUUUUAAAGCUCUUCACUUUCCGCGAAGUCUUCAAAACAAUAACAAGCAGGGUAGGGGUAGGACGCACUGUCACAACAAUGCGGACUGUUUCACAGAAAGAAUUACCGGGAUCUGAGAACGACAAACCGAAUGGCAUCACGAGACAGCAUUCACGGGAAGACGUGCCACCAAAAUCGAAAUACACAAUUUGCGUGGAGGGAAACAUUGGAAGUGGAAAGACAACAUUGCUUGAUUAUUACAAGGACUACAGCAUGACUGAGGUUUUUCAAGAACCUGUCCACAAAUGGCGGGAUAUUAAAGGACAUAAUGCACUGAGUCUGAUGUACAAGGACCCGGCACGGUGGGGGUUAACGUUCCAGACCUAUGUCCAGCUGAUCAUGCUGGGCAUCCACAUGGAAGCCCAAGAGAAGCCCAUUAAGAUGAUGGAGAGGUCAAUAUUCAGCGCCAAAUACUGCUUUGUGGACAACUUGCACAACAGUGGGAAAAUGCCGGACAUUGAACAUAUUGUGCUGACGGAAUGGUUUGAUUUCAUUGUGAAAUCUCAGGACUUUAAAGUAGAUCUCAUUGUGUACCUGCAGACCAAGCCGGAGACGGUAUAUGAGAGAAUACAACGUAGACAAAGACAGGAAGAGAAGAAUAUCCCCCUGGAAUACCUAGAAGCUCUACACAAGCAGCACGAGGACUGGCUCAUUCACAAGAAGUACCCCUGCCCUGCUGAUGUUCUGGUUUUGGACGGGAACCCCGAUGCGAACGGCAUGGUGAAGAUAUAUGAGGAGAACAGAUCACAAAUCCUUAAGCACCCCUAGCAAGAGGUCAAUUUUCACAAUCUCAGUGGAGAGACGCUGAUGUAUGACAGUGUAGAGGCGACAGUCAUCUGGACCCGGUUGUAUCAAACUUUAAUGAUGCAUUAACGUGUCAUUAAACCUUCAUUAACUAAUGUAUCAUUAAAUCCAGUUGUACUAACGUUUUAAUGACGUCGUGGUGUCAUUAGCGCGUCAUUAACUUAAUGAAGGUUCUGGGGCAUCAUUAGCGUGUCAUUAAAAACAAACAUGGCAGCGAACAUAUUGUUUGAACACUUAGGAGGCACAAGGAAAGACCGUGUUUUCAGAAAACGAGCUCAACACCUCGAAUCCAUGAGCGAUGAAGAAGUAAGGGCCCGCAACCGUUUUGGGAAGGCAAGCAUUAGAUAUAUCUGCGAUCUUGUGAGAGAUGAAUUACAGCCCAAAUCUGCAAGAUCGCACGCACUAAGUGUUGAACUACAGGUAAAUGUUUGAUAAUUAACACGUCGUCACUAGAAACUCAGCUAGUUUGAAAUAAACAUAUAAUUAUAGCGCCAAAUUUAUAGCGGGCAAAUUUAUGGCGGCAAUCUUUACAAUGAAUGAAAAGCACUUCUACGUGGGUCAGCUCACUGGUCUGUGUUGGUAAAGUCAUAUGUGCAAGCCUAAUGAUACCAACCUUGUAAAUAUAUUUCACAAUUGAAAGUAAUGUAAAUUCAUGGAUCCCUUUCACUUCACUCCAGAAAGAUACGUUUUCAACUUGGCGUUGUCAGCCAUGAUCAAUUUCAUAAGGGGGAGUUACUCUAAUGACUUAAACUAAAUGUGUCGUGCACACUGAAGAGAACAGUUUUGCGUGUUCGAUUCCGGCCAAAAGAACAUUUUAAUUAAUUAAAGCAUGCACAUCUUAUAUCAAUAAUUAACACUUUACUUAGUGAGACAUAAUGAAAACGCAGCCAAAGUUUAUUACCUGGCCGUCCGAGAGGGAUAUAGGCGACAUUAGAAAGGAAUUCUACAAUAUAUCUCGAUUUCCUGGAGUCAUCGGAUGUAUCGAUGGGACACAUGUACGGAUACAGGCUCAGACAGCGAACCUGCCUUUGUCAAUAGGAAAGGCUACCAUUCGAUCAACGUUCAAGCAGUGUGUGACAGCCAAGGUGUGUUAAAUAAUUUUUUAUAAUAAAUCAAAUGUCACUGUUAAACCUGUGCAUGGAGCAUACACGUCCUCCCUUCAAAGUCAUAAGGACAAUAUGUUUACGACCCUGACACCAUUCACGUUGUUAAACGAAAUAGCUAUCAGACAAAUCUUUAUAGUAUGAUAUGAUUUCAGCAUUUGUUGUUUAACGCCGCGAUCAGCAAUGUUUCAGCUAUAUUGCAGUGGCUGCAUCAUGAACCAAGUUCGAUGGUAAUAUUGACUUAUAUUAAUAUUGACCACAUUUGUCUCGUUCUGUAGGUAAAUUUUCUUUCUUUCGUGGGUGACGGUGCUACACAACUUACUGUUAAGUAUGGAGAUGUGUUUCUCCACCAACUCGGCAAUAAGCUGAAUUUCGGAGCUGUCGAAAUUCUUGUUUCUAUUCCUAGGUUUAGGUGGAUACGAUGCCAUUUUGACAGACAACCGGAAGUAACGCGUACGUGUUUACGUCAAGGAAUUGUGGGAAAUAUUUAGGGGAAACACCGAAUUUAAUGACAGGUUAAUGAAGACACUUACAUUAAGGCGUCAUUAGAUAAUGAUAUGCUAAUAAACGUUUGAUACAACCGAUUUUAAUGAUGCCAUUAACUAAUGGUGCAUUAAGCAUUUAAUGUAUCAUUAGGGUUUAAUGUAGCCAUUAGUUAAUGAGGCUUUGAUACAACCGGGUCCUGUACAUAAGCCUAGUGUAUGUGCUUAAGUGUGGGGCUCAUUGUGUGAGUGGGGGCACGGGUGGCCCAGUCGUCCCAAGGUGCCACGAUUCGCGUCCCUUGGGCAUGCCAGAAACCAAUGAUUGUGGGUUCGAAGUCCCGGUUCGCCCCGAUUGUGUUGCAUCAUACCCGUGCGCGUGGGUUUCCCCAAAGUGGUAAAUGUCUUAGACAUGCACCAAAUGUAGUAACAUAAAAACGUCUACCUCGGAUGAAUUCUAAAUCCAAGGACCUUCCACAGUCAACGAUUAUGGUUGUUUGUGAGUAAGACAGGAAAAUAUGCACAUCAGGGAUUAGGCCCCCGACAGUCUUCCAGGAUGUUAUUUUUCUGCUGAUUCUAGGUUUGUUGUUUUGCUCUGUAGAUGAGAUUGAUUUCAUGGUAGGACAGUGACUUCUACAUGGGCUGUUGGUGCGUGGGCAGAGUUUCCAGGUCUGACACUGCCUGGAUAACAGUGAUCCUACAGAGACAUGUUUGUGCAAUCAUUAUUAGUAGUGGGGGGCAUGGGCAUGGGCAUGGGUGGCCUGACAUACCACUGUUUCCAUAUUAAGAAUGGAAGACAAGGGGUGCUAGUCAAUACCAUCAUGUUAAACUUAAUAGGAAAUGUGUCCAUGUACUAAAUGGUCUAUAGUAGAAGACCUCACAAGACCCACUUCAUUAUGUCAUAUCAUGACUUAAAUGUAUCUGGGGGCAUGGGUGGCCCAGUCGUCUAAAGUGCCACGAUUCGCUGUGCAGAGUUGCGUCCCCUGGGCACGCCAGAAACCUAUGAUUGUGGGUUCGAAUCCCGGUUCGCCCCGGUUAUGUUUCU